AUGGCUCAUUUCAUCUCUUCUCUGUUUUUCCUAAUCAUUCCCUUAUCUUCUUCUCUCGUUUUCUCCGAACCCGUCGAUUUCGACGAUUCUCGAGCCUAUAUCGUCCGCGUCGAAAAUGACUUGAAGCCUUCGGCCUUUUCCGAUGUCGAAGAAUGGUACAAAGCCACUCUCCACAGCCUCGACUCCGACCUUCUAGCCUCCGAAAACCCGAAUCCCUCCCGACCCACCCGUGAAUUUCUCCACGUAUAUAAAACGGUCUUUCACGGCUUUUCCGCAAAACUCACUCGACAAGAGGCCCGACAGCUCGGGACCCGACCUGGUGUCCUUGCGGUCCUUCCCGACCGACUCAACCAGCUCCACAUAACCCGCUCCCCUGCUUUCAUGGGCCUUUCGUCAGACAAAAACCCGACGGGCCGUUUGCUCUCCGAGUCCGACUGGGGCUCCAACGUCGUGAUCGGGAUAUUCGACACGGGCAUCUGGCCAGAGAGGCCCAGCUUCGAUGACUCGGGCCUCGGCCCGAUUCCCCCCUGGUGGCGGGGCGAGUGCACGGAGGGCGACCGUUUCAACAAAUCCCACUGCAACAAGAAGAUCGUCGGGGCCCGAUUCUUCUCAGCGGGCUAUGAAGCCCGUAAGGGCCCGAUCAACUCGUCGGCGGAGUUUCGGUCCGCGAGGGACUCCGACGGCCACGGGACCCACACGGCCUCCACCGCCGCCGGUCGGGCCGUCCGAAACGCGUCCCUUUUUGGUUACGCGGCCGGCGUGGCAAUCGGGAUCGCCCCCAAGGCCCGAAUCGCUGUUUACAAGGUUUGUUGGAAAAACGGGUGCACGGACUCCGACAUACUCUCGGCCUUCGACAAGGCGGCCGAGGACGGGGUGAAUGUAAUCUCGAUAUCAAUCGGCGGCGGAGCCGUGCCGCACAAUUUGGACCCGAUUGCAAUCGGUGCUUUCGGCGCGGCCGAGAGGGGCGUUUUCAUCUCGGCAUCGGCCGGAAACGAGGGGCCCACAAAGGGGACGGUGACCAACGUGGCGCCGUGGAUGACGACGGUCGGCGCCGGCACGAUCGACCGAAAGUUCCCGGCUGACCUCCUGCUCGCUGACGGUCGGGUGCUCAAAGGCGCGUCGCUCUAUAGCGGACCUCUGUUGCCCGAUAAAACCUUUUUGCCCCUGAUACACGGGCGCAACGCCUCCGCUGCCGCCGCCAGCGGGCGGCGAUCGGGUGGAUUCACGGCCGCCACGUGCCUGGCGGGCUCGCUCGACGAGAAGCUUGUGGAGGGUAAAAUCGUAAUUUGCGACCGCGGCGGAAACUCACGGGCCGCCAAGGGGGAGGUCGUCCGGAAGGCCCGCGGGUCAGGCGUGGUGGUUGCCAACGUGGCACCCAUCGGGGAAGGGCUCGUGGCCGACUCACACGUGAUCCCGGGCCUAGCCGUGACCGAAUCUGCGGGCCGCACGCUUCGCGAUUACACCAACCUGAGCCCGAACCCGAGGGCCACGAUGGUGUUCCGCGGCACAGAGGUCGGGGUCAUGCCUGCCCCAGUGUUGGCCUCGUUUUCGGCUCGAGGCCCGAGCUUGGAGUCGCCGUACAUCUUGAAGCCAGACUUGAUAGCUCCAGGUGUGAACAUCCUUGCCGCAUGGCCCCCCGGCGUUUCGCCGACGGACUUACCCACCGACGAGCGGCGCACGGAGUUCAACGUGGCCUCGGGCACGUCCAUGUCCUGCCCGCACGUCUCGGGUGUGGCUGCCCUACUCAAGGGCGCCCACCCAGACUGGUCCCCGGCCGUGAUCCGGUCGGCCAUGAUGACCACGGCCUACAGCCACGACUCGAGAGGCCGGCCGAUACUCGACGAGAAGUCUUACAACGAGUCCACGGUUUGGGAUAUGGGCGCCGGCCACGUGGACCCGGAGAAAGCCGUCGAUCCGGGUUUGGUCUACGACAUUAGUGCCGACGAGUACUUAAACUUCCUUUGCGCUUCGAAUUUCACCCGUCGCGAAAUACGACAAGUGGCUAGGCGGACGGUCGGUUGCGAGAAGAUCAAACCAAAACCGUGGCAACUCAACUACCCGGCAAUCGCGGUUGACUUCGAGGGAUCCGAGUUGGGGGCGGAUCUCGAGAUUGCGGUGAAGAGGACCGUUACACAUGUUGGCGAAGGCCAGGCUAGUUAUGACGUGACUGUAACUAAUCCGAAAGGGGUGAGCUUAACGGUAGCCCCGAUGAAAAUGGAAUUUAAAGGAAAGGGUGAAAAGUUAAGCUACACGGUGAGGGUAAAAGCAGCGAAGAUGGAGGUGAGGCCCGGAAACACGGUCACGGAGGCCGGUAAAAUAACUUGGUCUGACGGGCGACGGCAAGUGGUGUCACCGGUGGUGGUGAUGUGGAAGAAAGGGUUUUGA